AUGUCGUAUCCUCCCGCCACGCCGAUGCGCCCUGUGCCGGGUGCCUUUGUGAACACGCCGGCCAUUGUCGCGCGUUACCAGACCUCGCACGACCCUGUCCGCCGGACACUCUUCCCCGUCAGCGAGGGCCAGAAUGCCCAGACUUCAUCUGCGGCGACCACCACCACAGCGCCUCUAGGCACGGCACCAUCGAGCUCGACGGCGAUGACGACGACGUCAGGAAAUGUCGAGGGCUCUGGAUUGUCUUCUCUGACGCCGCUGGCGCCUCCACGCGUCGAAAACAUUCCCCCAGUCCUCAAGGCGGCCAAGGCCAUUAAUGCUUUCCUACAACAGGACGAGAGCUUUCCAGAUCUAGAUUCCUACUGCAGACAGGGGGCAUCUUCCGACUAUGAGCUUCCCGGCGCCGAUUCCGCCUGGGCUCCCUUCCAGAAGACGAACAUGUACCCGAUCCCGAACCAAGUCUUCGACCACUACAACGCGGGCCAGCUCCAAACCCUCAUGGGACUUUUCGCUGAGAUCAAUCAUGCUUGGGUCGUCAUUGAUAAUUCGCUUUUCCUCUGGGACUAUACCCACUCCGACCCCGAGCUUAUUGGCUUCGAAGACCAACCGCACACGAUCCACGCUGUUGCCCUGGUUCCCCCCAAGCCUGGCAUCUUUGUAGGCACAAUCUCACAUAUCCUGGUUGUGGCGACAUCCUCCGAGAUUAUCCUGCUCGGCGUGUCUGCCACAGACACGUCUGCCGGUACCAAGAACGUCACCCUGUACCAGACGAAGAUGGUCCUGCCCAUCCGUGGCAACGACAUCCGCAUCAUCAGUGGCUCUGCCGACGGUCGUAUUUUCUUUGGCGGAUGCAGCGAUGUGGACAUUAACGAGCUUUACUAUCAAUCCGAGGAAAAGUGGUUUUCGAAUCGGUGUGGUAAGAUCAACCAUUCGAACCCUGGCUGGUCCUCCGUUGUCAGCUUGCAAUCCAGCUUAUGGGGUCACAACGACCCGGAACACUUGGUGGACAUUGUGAUUGACGAUACGAGGAAGCUGGUUUACACUCUUUCAAGCACGUCGACCAUUCGAGUCUAUCACAUGGAAUCCCCUGAACGGCUAAAUAAGGUGAUUGAGAAGACGAAGCUACACUGCCUUCGAGACAUUGCACACAUGAUUACACAGUCAAAACUCUUGACUGAUCGGACCAACUUUGUCUCCAUCAGCCCCAUCUCGAAGCAAGAGGCUUCGAAACUUCAUCUCAUGGCGCUAACCGAUACUGGCUGCCGUCUUUUCUUCAGCGCUACUAAUGCUUCAUCUUACCUAUACGGAUCUCAGGCCAACCUAGCCCCCCAGAGCAUGCAGGUUCAAUUCAUUAAAUUCCCUCCCUCGGCGGCUGCCCGACGAUCAACUCAGUUUGGAGUGGGCUCUCAGCCUUCAGGGGAGACGGUGGUUGAUCUUGAUUCGACUCUGUUGGUAGCAAGCAGACAGGGCGCUCGAUUCCCGCCCGGAUUUUUCUUGGACUUUGUGAGCAAGAAGGAUGACCCCAAUUCCGACUUGCUGUUUGUGGCCGGCCCUGAAACGGGAAGAAUAAAGCGGACGUCUCCUACUACCCCCCUAAGAUACUUUGAGCAGGCAAGCUGGAUUGAUAUUGGCAGCCGAGCUGAGGCUGUCGGCUUAAUCACGAAACCCUUUGCGGCCGCUAGCCAGCCCGUCGGAUUUGGCAAUGAGCUGGCUGUCCAGUUUGACGAGCCUCCUAGCGAAUUUGCUGUUCUUACUAAUACGGGAAUUCACGUUAUCCGGCGACGACGAUUGGUGGAUACUUUUGCGGCUGCUAUUCGAGAUUCUCCCGGAGACGAGGCACUAGAUCUCAUGUGCCGUCGUCUCAUAUUCCUCUAUGGCCGUGUAGAGACGGUCUCAACGGCUUUGGCUGUCGCCUGCGGUCAUGGAGACUCCCGGCGAGGCUCUGUGAAGGCGAUUGAUCAAGUAACCGAGGACCGAGCAAGAGCUCUCUUUGUCGACUUUGGUGGUCAACCUACGAUUGUAGAAACUGAUGGAUCAUCUCUCACAACAGACUCGGUUAAGCUGUCAUCCCGGCAUGACGCAUUGGCCAUGUAUUUGUCAAGAUUGAUCAGGAAGCUCUGGAAAGCUCCCGUCAUCAACGCAAGCGUUGCUCCCAACGGGACUAUUUCCGUGUCUUCAUCGAUUCCUCCUGCUAAGCUCAUCUCCACCCAGGAGAACCUUGAGCGGCUAAGGAAAUUCAUUGAGUCUAACAAGGGCCUCAUUCAGGGGAUGUCAGGCCCUUCUGACUUACAAAGAGUUGCCAGCCGACAGGAGGAGGUGGCGCUGCAGGCAGAGCACCAGGCACUGCAUGCGCUCUCAAAACUGAUGGAAAGCAUAUCAGAAGGCAUUUCAUUUGUGCUUAUGCUCUUUGACGAACGUGUGUCAGACAUCUAUGCCAGACUGGACGAUACCUCUCGGCAGCAACUCAGGGAUUUGACAUAUGAGAAGCUCUUCUCACAAACAGAUGGCAAGGAUCUUGCCAAGCUGUUGGUCAAGGCCAUCGUCAACCGCAACAUUGAGAGUGGCUCAAACGUUGAGACGGUAGCAGACGCGCUAAGGCGGAGAUGCGGCAGCUUCUGCAGCCCUGAUGAUGUAGUCAUCUUCAAGGCCCAGGAGUCGCUGAAGCGAGCGUCUGAGCAGCCGCCCAACACCAACCAGUCCAGGAUCCUCCUCAAUGAGAGCUUAUCCCUGUUUCAGAAAGUAGCUCGCAGCCUGACAUUCGGUAACCUACAGGUUGCCAUCGCGCAGUACAUUGACAUGAAGUACUACGCCGGCGCUGUGCAGCUGUGUCUCUACGUUGCCCGAGAGCAAGAUAGAGGAAACACGGCCUUGAUGUGGAUCAACGACGGCAAGCCUGCGGCUGAUCCUCGCGCCAACGCCUUCAAUGAGAGGAGAAGAGUUUAUGAUCUCAUCCACGAGGUUCUGCGACACCUUGAUGCCGCCUCAAGUAUGGAACCGCUGACGAUUGACGGCCGGCCAACACUUAUCGCUACUAAGAGAAACGAGGCGUACGAGGUGGUCAACGGGUCAGACGAUGAAGUCUUCCACUUUGACCUGUACGAAUGGUACAUUGAGCAGGGUUGGACCGAACGGAUACUGGGCAUCGAUUCUCCACACGUCAUUACCUUCCUGCAGCGGCUGGCGGGCACCAACGUGGAGCAUGCCGACCUCCUCUGCCGCUUCUACACUAACCGAAGCCGCUUCUUCGAUGCAGCUGAGGUACAGGCCGAGCUGGCCAGCUCCGACUUUCCGCUGAACAUCAAGGACCGGCUCAGGCUCCUCAGCUUGGCAAAGGCCAAUGCCAAUGUGGCAACUGUUGGCAUCAGUCGACAGCAGCAGCAGCGACUGAACCACGAGGUGACGGAUCUGCUGGAAGUUGCCAACAUCCAGGAUGAUCUUUUGGGCCGCCUGUUAGCGGACGAUAGAAUCGAUGCUGAAAGAAAGACUGAGAUUGAAAAGGCACUCGAUGGAAGGAUCAUUAGCCUUUCAGAUCUUUUCAACGAUUACGCCGAUCAGGCCGGAUACUAUGAUUUGUGCCUGCUGAUCUACCACACUGCCAACUACCGCAACCCUACGACCAUUGCAUCAACAUGGGAUAGCCUGAUCCAGCAGACUCACGCCGAAAUCAUGGCGAAACAUGAGGCGACGGCGGCCGGCAUGUCACUGCCUCCCUUGCCGUACGAAGCCGUGACGAGCAAGAUUCAAAAUAUUGCUCACCACACAUCAUUGGACAGCUUCAUCUUCCCGAUCCAGACCCUCCUGCCGCAGUUAUGUCGGUAUGCCGUCACCUACCAGCAGGAUGCCACCAUUGGUGCCGAUCCUACGUGGCCGGUGCAGCUAUUCCUGUCCCUGGGCGUGUCCCACGACAUGAUUGUGCGCGUGCUCGAGAACAUCUUUGACACGCAAGACUAUGGCUUUAGCGGCAUGGUGCGCAACCGCAUCAUCGAGAUCAUCGUCUUCGUGGUGAACGAUUGGGUGGCUGAGGUACGGCGACGUGGCGGCGCAGCCAAGGGAGGCUUGCUUGGGCCUUCCAUCAGCGACCUCCUGCAACGUUGCGAGGCUGCCCUGCCGCCGGCAGGCCAGGGCCACAACGACGGCGGUGCAAACCUGGCGGACAUCCGACGCGUGCUGAGGAUGCUGCGGAGAGAGGUGGCCGGGCUGGUGGAGCGGCUGCCAGCAGCGAGCACGAGAUUUAUGUGA